AGGGCCCCUGGCAGAACGUGGUUUCCAUGUUCUGUUUCAGGCCGCUCAUUUUCCUAUGUUGAUGUACGCGUAGCACACGCAUCGUCUAUCACUGCAAUUUGUUUAGAGAUCUUCGUCCCAGUACAUGUUUUUGGGGGGCAUCACAUCGUUAACCCAAGAAGGCAGGACCCUGACUCUGCAUUCUCUUUGGCGUCUUGGACGGAUUGUCUGUACCGCCCGUCUCCACACAUCAGGCGAGAAGUGCCUGGCGCAUGGGAAAACCGGGGCCUAAUCUGCGCGUCUGCGAUGUGUCUCCAAUGGCAGAAGCCUGGUUCAUUGACCCCGAAAAGACAAUAA